UUUUAUGGCCGUCGCACCGCAAUCGGCAUCGCCAAUCGCCGACAAGUCGAAAGCGCCUGAGCUCCGCAAAAAAUUGCCGAAAAAAACGUAUCGCGGGGGUUCCAGGCUAGCUCUGGGUGCCCGAAUAAACGUAGGAAGGUCCGGUAAAUUCGUUUCUCCCCAUCAGCAACGAGAGUGCGCCACCCUCGGCUGGUUGCUCAGGGUGAAACUGUCGUCACCACAUUCACCGCCAUGGCUCAGUUAGAGUUGGACCCGCUGUUUCUUAAGGCCUUGCGACUGUUGCACUCGAAGGCGAAAGACUCGGCCGAACAGCUGCGACAACUCAUCGAAGACACGCUCGUCCAACGCCAGGGUGCCAGUGGAGCCUCGACGGGGAGGGACACCAAGACGCUACUAACCACAAUCAAACUGGAAAGCGAUGGCAGAGCUCACCUGCUUGGGCGGCGGCAGUCGCCCAAGCAAGAGACUGGAGCUGGCAACAAUGGAGGUCCACCUGCCCUGUCAGCCAUUCGAAGCCUAUCCACUGACGAGCCAAGGCGGAAAGACCCACCGCCUCUAGAGUGCAAGCCACCUCCUCUUCCCAUCUCGGCCAUUAAGCCAGACACCCCAUCGCCCGUCUUAGAGGUGAGCGGUUUGUUAGAAGCCAAACGUGCCCGCACAGAGUCGCCACAGCUAGCCUCAUCCCAAUCCGCCUCUCCUGCUAGUCGUCUUGCCUCAUCCUCGUCCCCCGACUCGAGUAGUGACGGAGAAGACUUCACCGUAGACAUGGGCCAAGUGUGUGUGAUGUGCAACCAACAAGAUGUAACUGCCAAGAAUCAGCUGAUCGAAUGCCAGGAGUGCCACUGCCUCUAUCACCAGGAGUGCCAUAGACCGCCAGCCACCGACUACGAUGUCAACGACCCUCGCCUCGUUUGGUACUGCGCCCGGUGUACGAAAAACAUGAAGAAAAUGACCAUCAAGCCUCCCAAGCCACCAUCAAAGGUGCCCUUCGGUGUUCCACGAGAGCUGACGCCACCGAGCAAACCAGACACACCUCCACCACUGACGUCUCAGCCAUUCAAGCGCUCCGAGCUGAAGGUUCCUGCGCUGUCUUCCUCCGCCGGUCCGAACAAGCCCAUCGGACUGGCCGGCCUUGCCGCAAACUUGAGCAAGCCAAAGCCACUGAAGCCGAUUGGUUCCACCGCACAGCCGCAGAAGCCACUCCCCUCCACCGCAUUCCAGAAUCUCUCAAGCCUAGCCGCGGCCGCCACCGCCAUAAAGUCUGGCUCUUCCUCCACCGCCGGAUCCUCCAGAGGAAACAAUGGAGGAAACGGCAGUUCCUCGUCGUCGAGCUCCUCCGGCCCAUCGCCGCCGACACUCGUCCCCGUGAGCACCGCGGGCGGCAAUGGGAAGUCGGCAUCCUCAUCUCUACUUAUGUCUGCGGACAAGCGGCUGCAAAUAAUGAAGAAAAAAGCCGCAGCAAAGAUGCAGGAAAAGCGACGAGUGACAUCGAAGUAGCACGAUUUCUUUCUGUUCUCUUGUCCUUUUUGUUUUCUUGGCGGCUGGCUCCGGAGUUUGGUUGCGUGGGACACCGUUUCGAGUCUGUCAAUCCCUGGUACUGUGUUGAUCGUUGAGUGCCACAUGUCUGAAUCUACCGGCCGAAGGGAACGUCACAGACUUCACAUCGCUAGUUUUUCGACUUGAAGGAUUAUGUAAAGAUUUGUCUUGUCUUUGUUUGUUUGAUGUCUAGCCAAGUUGCAACCACCUUGGCAAUGGACCAUGACAGCGAGGCAAGGUGUCUGCUGUGGACUGUAGGUGCUGUGCCGAUUAGUGCGCAUCCUGUUAUACGGAGCGUCAUGGAACAUCCUUGUUGACAUAAGAAGCAAGCUUAAUCUAGUAGGAAUGUCAAGCUGCAUUUACAUAACGAUGCUUGCUUCUUGGAGGUGUCCGGGAAUUGUGCACCCUAUUGUGCUUUGUGUUUAUACGAGAUACCUGGAAGAUGCCUGCUGACUGGAUGUAUGGAUACGUGAAAGAGAGCUGACUGGAUAUAUUGCAUGUCAUUUUGUUGUUGGAGAAACAGAUUUUUAUUGAAUCCUGA